AUGCAUAUCCUGGUAGUCAACGACGAUGGCCCCCCAAACUCCCGCCUAUCACCCUACGUCAGACCCCUCGUGAACGCCCUCCAAUCAACCGGCCACCUCGUCUCAGUCGCCAUCCCAGCAUCCUCCCGCUCCUGGAUCGGCAAAGCCCACAUAAUCGAAGCCUCCCUAACCGCCAGCUACGUGCACCCAGACUCCUUCAACACAGACGGCACCUGGAACCAAACCCCCACCCCCGAGUCCGACGCCGACUGGGUCGUCAUCCAAAACGGCACCCCGGCCAGCUGCGCCCAGCUAGGCCUCUACAACCUGUUCCCCGACCGCCCGCCCGUCGACCUGGUCAUCUCGGGCCCGAACCACGGCCGCAAUGCCUCCACCAUCUACAAUUUGUCCUCGGGCACCGUCGGCGGGGCGCUGGAGGCUGUUUUCUGCGGCAAGCGCGCUAUCGCUAUUUCCUUUGGUAGUAAGGAUCCGCAGGCCGAUGAGGUGAUUGCUGCUGCGGCGCGGCUGGCGGUGCGCCUUGUCGAUCAUCUUUGUGCGGUUUGGGAUGAGCGGGUGGAGCUGUAUAAUAUCAAUAUCCCCAUGCGGGAGGAUGUCGAGGAGAGACCGGUGCUGUAUACGCGCACUUUGCCGUAUUAUUGGUCGCGGGGCUGUCUUUAUGCUGAGGAGGGGGUCGAGAAGAAGAAGUUGGCCAAUGGGUUGACUAAUGGGUUCACUAAUGGUGAUCAUGGUGAUCGGGGUCUUUCGAAUGGGCUUAAUGGGCAUGCUGAGACGCAGCCUAGACAGCGCCAUUUUAAGUGGUCGGCUGAUUUGUCGGAUAUGAAGAAGAGGUUACAGGAGAGUGAGGAGGGCACUGAUGCGCAUACUGUGUUGAAUGGCUCUACUAGGUAUGAUGGCCUCGAAUCCUUGUGGUUUUCUUUUCCGGACUUGCUUAUACUGACUUGUGACAGUGUAACGGCUCUGCGUGCCAAUUUCUGGCAUGUCCCCGGUCUGGAAGGGCCUUUGAACUUGGACUGA